AAUUUCACGGUAUAUUAACAUUUUGUACUGCAGUUCAGUAAUAGUUUGUAUCAGUGGUAUCAGCCCAACUUUCCAUUAACAGAUGCAUACACCCGAUCAUUGCAGCAACCUUCUACUAAUAAUAGCAUUCACUUUUCGCUUUUCUUUGCCUGCUGUUCAUUUACGGCCCACUUUUUUGUAAAAAUGAUGACCCUUGUCGUGAUUCGCCAUGGCGAGAGCGCAUGGAACUUGGAAAACCGCUUUUGCGGUUGGGUUAACCAGCCUUUGACAAAGUGUGGUGAGAAUGAGGCUAGGGAGGGUGGUGAAGCUUUGAAGAGGGAAGGCUUGACUUUUGGUGUUCUUUUCACUUCAGUUCUUGACCGUGCCAUAAAGACUGCUGACAUUGUUCUUGACAUUCUUGGUCAGACUGGCAUUCCUACUUUCAGGAGUUGGCGCCUAAAUGAGCGCCACUACGGUGCUCUUCAGGGUCUUAAUAAGGUUGAGACUGUGGAGAAGUACUCUUUAGAGCAGGUUAACCUUUGGAGGCGUUCUUACGACGUUCCUCCACCACCAUGUGAGACUACUAGUGAGUAUUACCCUGGUAACGACCCCAAGUACGCCGAUAUCCCUCGUGACGAAAUCCCUAAUGGAGAGAGUCUUGAGCACUGUGUUAAGCGUGUGAAGCCUUACUGGGAGAACGACAUUUUGCCAAUGCUCAAGAAGGGCGAGCCAGUACUGAUAGUCUCUCACGGAAAUGCUAUCCGUUCUCUUAUGAAGUUGUUUGACACUACCAACGAGGACGUCACUAAGUUGAAUUUGCCUAAUGGUGUUCCAUUGGUAUACAAGUUUUCUGAGGAUAUGAAGGUGGUUGAGAAGAAGUUCCUUCUUUCUGAGGAGGAGCUUAAGGCUCGCAUGGAGAAGAUUGCAAACCAGGUCAUCAAGAACAACUGAUUUCCACAUAACCAUACACGAAUUCUUUCCCCAAAACGUCAAAUAUACAUUCGCUUUAUGUUGUUCGUUAUUG